AUUACCGCGGUGUCUGUUUACCUUAGUAACCGCUCAGCGAGCGACGUGCACGUAGCAGUAAGACAGGGACCCCGCGCCCCCCACUGCAACUGAUGUCUACAAACCCGUUUUAUAUGUGACGCCUCAAAGAAAAUGGAUUCAGCCUGCUUACAGUAUGCCCUGGACCUUACGGCGGGUGGCGGCUUGACUUUGAACUGUGAACAGAGGGCUGCCUUGCAGACAUCCUUGCUGGUCAUAAAAGUAAACUAUAAGUUCAGCCGUGUCCUCUUUUGGGGGAAAAUUUUAGGGCUGAAGAAUGAUUAUUUUAUAGCACAGGGGGUGGCAGCAGAUGAAAUGAAAGCCAAGAAAAUACUCUACAGCCUUGACUGCACGGAGUGGCACUUGCUGCCCCCGGUCACAGCGCCCCUGCUGGCUGACGCGUCGACGCUGAUCGGGCGCUUCACAGGAGACCCCUCGUUUGAGUACGAGCAAAUGGAGACGCGCCAGCAGGGGGAGGGCGGCCAGGCCGCCCAGAUGGAAAUCGCUGCGGGUUCAACGGUAAAGGUGAAUGAAGAGCAGAGAGUGGCAGCCGUAGUGCUCACCAUCGACCGGGAGGCCUCUGUAGUUCCACGGGGGGCUUUCACGAGAACUCCCGAUGGGAGAGUCCAGACCAAUCGCAGCUUUGAAGGUCUGUCUUGGUCGGAGGCUGUAAAGCUAAGCAAUUACUGUCACUUCACUGAGCCCCAGGCUGGGAAGAAGAACCGGAUUCUAGACAUGACCCGUCUGGACCCCUCUCUCGAUUUCCUGCACUCCUUAACCGAAGACAUACCAAAAGGGUCCUGGAGCUUGCAGCUUGAGAAAGGUAGCAGAGUUGUGGUGCUGCGCAGUCUGCUUUGGCUGGGCUUGUCCUUCUUCCACGUGCCCAUGACUCCACAACACGGAUACAUCUACAUGGGUGAUGGUCUCAAGAACAUGGACCUACCCUUCAUGCUGUGAGAUCCCAGGAGGCUUCAGACGUGAACCAAGCCUCCCCAAAUGCCAUUUUUAAUAAAGUACAAAGGAAAAGUG